GGAGUUCACUUAAACAGCCACUCGAACAUAUCUACAUUGCGUUCUGGCCAUUUAUUCGACAACACGCGCAUUCUUACCUUGUACCUUGACGUGUAACAAUGUUGUCGUGUGUGUGUUCUUCAGUUGCUUGCAAAUCUGGUCUAAAAUUUCCCCAUCUAAACGCUUAUCGUCUUUUAAUUAGACGGGAAUACUUAUCGACCGUGUACACAGGUGGGAUAGCUAAUGGAGUAUUGUGGACCACAUGCAAAGCAGGUUAUUCUGAAACUGUUUAUAGACGAUCUUCCAUCACUGAUUUUCAAAGGAUGUUCGGAGUUAGAGGGGCGCUUCAGAGUGUGCAACGGAUACACUGGAACUCCAUCUUACAGUCAUCCCUGCUCCACUGUGCUCGGAGCUUGUUUAUGGAGCACAAAAACAAAUUGUUUGCAAGUAUUGCAUUUGCUUUAGAAUGGUCAAUCAGCUCCAAAUCGCGAGAAAGUCUUUUCAAGUCAUCAGGAUAGCGUGAGAGACAUUCGUCGUACUUUCACCCAAAAUCCGUUCUGCAAUGGUAACCGCAGCCUCGGAGCAUUACUCUGAGCUCCCGGUCUAAGUCCGAAGGGACUCCAUGAUGCGUUCUCCAAUCCUUUACAGGCUCUCCUUCGUGGUUGGCAUGUACGACACGGAAUGAAUAUACAUCCUUACCGGGUCUGAACAUGCGUUCGGCUUCCGUUGAUUCCGCUUGGCGCCUUUCAAAAGUGCGCAUCUCCUUGAACUUUCACCGUACCCAUCCUCUCUCGUCCUGAGCUCACUUCGCCCACGACACUAAAAAUGUCUCUCAUCUCCACAAAAGCCGUCGCAGAACAUGCCAGCGCGUCGAGUUGUUGGAUUAUCGUCCACGGCAAGGUUUACGACGUAACAGAGUUCCUGCCGGAGCACCCAGGUGGUAGCAAAAUCAUCCUCAAGUACGCCGGAAAGGACGCUACUGAGGCUUAUGACCCCAUCCACCCUCCUGAUGCCAUCACGACACAUCUUCCAAAGGAGAAACAUCUCGGCGCUGUGGAUCCUAAUACUGUGGUGAAGGUUGUUAAAGAAUUGACCGAUGAAGACAGGAAACACGAAGCACUCAUGGCUGCCCGUCCUUCGAUUGAUGAGAUCAUCAAUCUUCACGACUUCGAGGCUGUCGCGAAAGCUAUCCUCCCUGCCAAGGCUUGGGCAUACUACUCCUCGGCAUCUGAUGAUGAAAUCACUAUCCGUGAAAAUCGUGCUGCUUAUCAACGUAUAUGGUUCCGUCCCCGUAUUCUUCGGGACGUGUCUACAGUUGAUUGGUCAACGACGAUUCUUGGACAAAGGUCCACGCUUCCUGUCUACAUCUCCGCCACUGCCCUCGGCAAACUUGGACACCCUGACGGCGAGCUCAACUUGACGAGAGCUGCUGGUAAACAUGGUGUCAUCCAGAUGGUGAGUAAGGACAUGUUCAUACCUACGCUUGCUUCCUGCUCGUUUGAUGAGAUCGUUGAUGCUGCUGUUCCCGGACAAGUCCAAUUCCUUCAACUAUACGUCAACCGUGACCGAGAGAUUACCAAGAAAUACGUCCAGCACGCCGAGAAACGUGGGGUGAAGGGUCUGUUCAUCACUGUUGAUGCUCCUCAGCUCGGUCGUCGGGAGAAGGACAUGCGCAUGAAAUUCGUCGACGAGUCUGGUGUUGCCAAGGUGCAAGAAGGUCAGGACGGCGUCAAGAAAAACGAAGGUGUCGCUCGUGCCAUCAGCUCUUUCAUCGACCCCAGUUUGUCAUGGAAGGAUAUUCCCUGGUUCAAGAGCAUUACCAACAUGCCUAUCGUUCUCAAGGGUGUUGCUACCCCUGAGGACGCUCUCUUGGCUUAUGACUACGGCGUACAGGGCAUUGUCCUCUCUAACCACGGUGGUCGUCAGCUCGACACAGCUCGUUCAGGAAUUGAGAACUUGAUUGAAGUCGUUGAGGCACUCAAGACUCGUGGUCCUUGGCCCAACCCCAAAUUCGAGGUGUUCGUUGAUGGUGGUAUUCGUCGUGCAAGCGAUGUCCUCAAAGCUAUUGCGUUGGGUGCCAAGGCUGUUGGUGUUGGACGUGCUUUCAUGUACUCUUUCUGUGCCUAUGGCCAGGAGGGUGUGGAGAAGGCCUUCCAGAUCUUCCGCGAUGAGCUUGAGAUGAACAUGCGUCUCAUUGGUGCACGCUCCAUCGAUGAACUCGUCCCACAAAUGGUUGAUGCUAGCGCUAUCCACUCGCACGUCGGUCUGACACCAGCUGAUAACCUCUACAACACUACGUGUACGUAUCCCACCCAUUCGGGCGUAUGUAUAUUUUUGCUAAUAUAAGAGCUUUCUAGAUCAACCGCUAAGUGUAGCACAAUUCAAAACGAAGUUGUAAUCUCGCUGUGCGGGAGUUCGUUUGUUUUGCAUUUUUCGAUAGACUUCUGGUCGAGGUACAGUCCAGUAGUAGGGCGUAAUAACUAUCUGCAUUUCCCACGUAUUCGCAUCCUCACAUUAUGUAUAAUAGCGUACUUCAUGUUCUAUUCCCCGAAGCAUCACUUUCUUCACCAUCAUCAAUGGUGAACAAUAAUCUUCAGCCGCGUCAUACAAGGACGAAUUACGCAUGAG